AUGCUCUUCAUUCAACCUCAGGGAUCUGACUACCUGGCCUGCUUAUCAACUAGCACAUCGCAAGACAAGCUGGCUUUUGACGUGGGUCUGCAGACAAAAGCCGACACCGAGUCUUGUUGGUGGACUAUUCAUCCUGCAUCAAAACAACGAUCCGUGGGUGAAAAAGUGCGCAUCGGUGAUGACUUGAUCAUUGUAAGCGUUUCAUCGGAGAGAUAUUUGCACGUAUAUGGAGAAACAUAUACAGGUCAUGGGGUAAUCGCCAGUUUCCAACAAACGCUUUGGACGGUAAUCCCAGUCUCAAGUGGUGUGGUUCGUCAGAAAUCAAUGAAUAUGGCUUUUGGUGGUGAUGUGGUUCGCCUGCUUCAUGGAGACGAGUGUCUUACUGUUAGUGCACCCGAUUCUGAAGACGUGAACGCUGUUAUGAGCUCCAUGCACAACGGUGGGGCUCCGGGAAGUCCACCAAACACCUUACCUAGACUCAGUGCAGCCAAUGUGAGCGCACAUGCUACACAUGCAGAUGUAUCAGUGGGAAUGCGUCAACCAGUCAUGUAUGAAAUAGGCGCCGUGUCUACUAGCGCACGAUCUCUAUGGCGUAUUGAACACAAGAAAACCAAAUGGAGCGCUGGUUUCUUUUCUUGGGCAAGCGAGGUACGACUGCGCCAUGUGACUACUGGUCGUUAUCUUGGUGUAACUCCAAACGAAGCUCAAGGAACUGGGCACUGCGAGGUUUUUACCCUUGCCCCACAUGAAGCCACAGAAGCCGCCACUAUCUUUCUGCUCCGUCCAAGCAAGGAUGACAAAAAAAGAAUGGAAGAACACGGAGACGAGGGAAUGGGUGAACCUGAUCUUCGACUUGGCGAGACCCUAACUUAUUUACAACAUGCAGAAUCCGGUCGGUGGUUGUCGUACGAAGCCUAUGAAACACGUAAACGUGGGGUGGGUCGAGUGGAAGAAAAGAAAGCCGUGUUGUUGGUAGAGGGUCACAUGGAUGAUCUCUUCAGCAUUGUUCGAGCUCAGGAUGAAGAAAUCAAAUCGGCCAGUGCAAUUCGACGUUGUACAGCUGUAUUUAGCUUGUUCGUGAACACGUUACGCUUGAUUUCAACUCCACAUUACUCAGCUAUACACCCGCCCGUGGCUGCACAAUCACAGACGCCAAUCACACAAUCACCGGCGGUACUUCGUUUAUCCAAUGGAACACUUCUCGGUGAAGUCACUCAAUGUUUAGAAGAUCUUAUAGAAUUCUUUGCACAACCCAGUCCUCACGAAGAGCACGAAGUUCGCCAAGCAAAACUUGCAGCUUUACGAAAUAGACAAAAUCUAUUUCAGGUAGGUCUACUUCAAAAAUGCAAUCUUAGGGUUCCCAACUCAUUUCACUGUGCUUACGCCUACCACUUUUUCUUUUAUGCGAUCACUUAA